UGUGGGAGAGCCAGCCCCAGGCAGGCAAAGCGCUCCUCGCUCGCUCCGGGAUGGCCAGAGCCUCGCCGAGGGGCCAGACGCCACCAGGAUGCCAUCUCCGUCCCUCUGCCCGCUCCUGUGCCUCCUGGGCUGUGUGCUGCUCCGAGGUACCACCACCUCCACAGACUCCUCCAUCCCCACUGUAACAGGUCAAUCCCAAGCAACACCACCCAGCCCUGAAGUAAAGAACCAUACCUCAGAGCCUUCAGUGAAAUCAACAUCAUCAGCCAACUUGAAUCUCACCUCUCUGGGUCCAACUACUGCAGCCAAACCCUCUCCCACCCCUACAACACCAUUAGCAUUGACCACAAGAGAUAGAACCACUAGUGGAAGGAGAAACCCAACAGCUUCACCAUCUCAAGGUCAAGAGCCCCAGGGAAGUGAGAGAACCACAGCACCAGCAACUCAAAGUGCUUCCUCCUUUCUCUCACAGAGAGAUGGCACCUCAAAGCCAGUUGUGCCAACAGCAGCCUCCUCUGGCUCCUUGCCUGUGCCCACUCCCACAGAUGAUAAAUCACCACUGACAGUGGCAGCUUUUGGUGUCAUCAGCUUCAUAGUUAUCCUGAUCGUUGUCGUGAUCAUUCUGGUCGGUGUGGUCAGCCUGAGGUUCAAGUGUAACCACUCAAAGGACUCAGAAGACAAACAGAAACCAGGGAGCUCCAUGGUGUCAGAGAGCUGCUCGGCAGGCACAAGCCAGAAGGAUAACAGCAUCACUCUGAUCUCCAUGAAGAACAUCAACAUGAACAACAGCAUGAGUUACCCACCAUCAGAAAAGGUGCUGUGAAGCCAAGGGCCCAGAGCUCCAAGAUGACUCAUGACAACCAGCAGUGACUUUCUAAGUUCCUCCAAGGGAUUUUUUUCUCCUUGGGGAAAGAACAAGAGUGGACUUUCUACAUAAAUUAUUAUGUCCUUUCUGUUCCAUACAUUUACAGUAGCAUCCCACCUCGCUUCCCUCGCAUGGGGUCUGAGGGCUUUCUCCACUCACAGCCUGCCAUGCUCUCAGUGGCUGACCUCUCUUAAUUGUUUUGUAUGCCUUCAAAUCCUCAGAUUAUUCCAGCAGCAAGAAGCACCAAGGAGCCAUCUACUUUGCUGCUAAACUGCUGCCUUAGAUGAAUGGCCUUUAGGGUCUAUGCCAGGCGGUUGCAGGCUCAUUAAUUAGUGUGGCCCCACUCUAAGCCGAAGGAAAGCAUUAGGAAAGUGUGAUCUGAGGCUGAAGACCUGACAGGACAGAAAUGGCCAAGUGAUGGGUCAAAUCCCAGCACAUCUGCUCCAAGCCCUUUGUCCUUGGUGUUCUCCAUCGUCCCUGCAGCAGUAGGGAUGGCCCUACCCACCUACCUCACAGGGUUGUUGUGAGGCUGUCAGCAUCUGUAAAGCAUUGGGAGAGCCAUUAAUUAAAGGUGCUGCUGAAAUGCAAACUGCUACCUUAAAA